UCCCGUUUCCGGGUUUCCGAGAAGGAACCGAUAAAACGGUGUCAGUCAGCGGGGGGUAUGGCUCUGCUUGCAGGUCAGGAGUGCGGGUAAAGUUUUUCGUAGCUCCCCGAACCUGCGAGAAGACGGCGUAGGACACGUUCCGCGGCUUUGUUUUUAAGUUUGUUAUACGCGGCCGCGGUGUCCGAGUUUUGUUUGACACUGACAGCUGGAAAAGUAAACAGCUCGAUGCUAAGCAGCUAGCCGCGGCUAGCUCCAGUGCAACUCCUCCGACGAAAGGACUGCCACAACUGCACUUUCUAUUCAUGUUGUUUGGAGGGGACGAAGGCUACAAAACGUCCACUUGUUUUCCAGCCAGGGAGUCGGUGUGUCUGUGUCGUCCCAGUGGAAGCGGUGAAGUCAUCAGCCUUUAACCCACACAGCGAGGUGCCAACAGAGGGACAGGAUGCCUAUUCCUCCCCCUCCCCCUCCUCCCCCAGGACCCCCGCCUCCCCCAACCUUCAACGUGGCCAACACGACUCCUCCCAAGCUCAGCUCCUCGGAGACCAAGGGCAGAGGAGCGCUGCUGUCCGACAUCUGCAAAGGCACCAAGCUGAAGAAGGUGGCCGCCGUCAAUGACCGGAGCGCCCCGAUUAUCGAGAAAUCAGGAGGAGGAGGUGGCGGAGGAGGUGGAGGUGGUGGUGGAGGCGGUUUUGGAGGUGGAGGACCAAUGGGAAUGGGCGGCCUUUUCCAAGGAGGCGUGCCAAAACUACGACCGAUUGGAGACGGUCCUGCCGGUGGGUCCGUGGGCCGAUCCGCCCUCCGCCCCCCCGGGUCCCGGCCCGCGGCCCCUCGCCCCCCGACGGGCCGCUCAUCGUCGCCUUCCUCGGGUAACAAGCCCUCUCCGCCGGAGCACCAGCGCUCCCACCGCCCCUCCCUGCCCGACAUCUCGCGCCCCCCCAGCAGCAGCAGCAGCAGCGGCAGCGGCGGCGGCGGCGGCGGCAGCUCCUCCUCCUCCUCGGGGAUGAAGCACAGCACCUCUGCGCCGCCUCCUCCUCCGCCCUUCAACAGAGGCGGCCGUAGCAACGCCCCCCCGACGCUGAACCACCGAGUACCCGCUCCACAUUCCACAUCCGCCUCUCACAGCAGAGAGAAACCCCUCCCUCCGACACCCAACAGAGGCCCCGUGGGCGGCGGCGGUGGCGGCGGCGGCACCGCCAAACCUCCGUCUUCCAGCAGACCUCCGACCGGUGGCUCUUCUGCGCCUCCGCCUCCUCCCCCGUACAGGCCGCACUCGUCCAGCGGCGGCGUCUCCAACGGGCCUUCCAACGUGGACGGGGCUCCGGAGCUGCCCCAGAGGCACAACUCGCUGCACAAAAAGCAUUCGUCGGGAGGCACCCACGGGCGUAGCCACGCUCCUCCGCCUCCUCAUUCUCCAUCUCCAUCUUCGUCCUCUCAGCAGGGCAGCAGACCCCCGCCCCCGGCCAGGGAGCCGCCGGGACGCCGAUCAGCUCCCCAGGCCCCCCACCCCGGGUCCCGUAACGGCGGCCGGGACGCGCCCCCUCCUCCGCCGCCCCCGUACCGCGGCCACAGCUCCGUGGUCUCCGAGCCGCACAACCGAGCGUCCAAACCGCCUCCACCCGCCUCCUCCAUGUCCUCCAACUCCUCCUCCUCCUCAUCGUCAUCGUCAUCCAGAACCCCGGCGGGACCCCCCCCUCCGCCCCCGCCCGUCCGGAACGGCCACUCCUCCAGCUCCUCCUCCAAAUCCAUCAUGGAUGAUUUUGAGUCAAAGUGGACCUUCCACCCCAUUGAGGACCUUCCUCCUCCGGACGACUUCAGGCCUUUCAAUAAGAUCUACCCCAGCAAAACGAACAAGGCCAUGAUGAGGGGAGCUCCUCCAGCUCCACCGGUGGGGAGGUGAACCGACCCCCCCCCACCCCACCCCCAGCUCAGGACUUGAACUCUGUGGGUCGACUCCAUGGGAAGUGGUGACGAAGAGCUCGAAUCACAAACUUCACACUACAACACACACUUUAACACUAAACCACCAGCGGUAAACGCUAAGUAGGCAUCACUACACCACACCGGUCUGACACCUUCUGUCGCUGCAGAACAGAACGAAUGAAAAAAAAACAAAAAAAAAACUGUAAAAAACAAAAAAAAAUAUUUAAAAAAAAAACUUGGAGGCGAGAACGAAGCGACCUCGACCCGCUCCGACUGUGACGACCACCUCGACUCGUCCUGCGCCGACGCCGGGAUGCAGAGGCUUUGACAUAUCAGGACCAAACUCCGAACACUUCCACAUCUCUGCAUUCCACCAUCGUUUAUGCUUCUUCACGACUAUAACCACAGGGGGCGUGACUCUCUUAAUCGUGAUCUUUUCUUUGUUUUUGGUGUUAAAUUGUGGAGGGGGGGGGCGGUGGAGAAAGGAAAGGGGGAAAAAAAAAAGAAUUCAACACUAUGAAUGAAAGCUAUUUCAGUAGAUUAAACCCCCCCCCCUCACUAAGCUGAUGACACCACUGAUGAUGGUGAUGAUGAUGAUGUGGGGACUUUCUUUACUUUCUUUGAUUAGUUUUGUCUUAAAUAGCCAUUCCAGCAGUGCCAGGUUUAAGGGUGCGUUUGAAUCGACUCUCACGUGUGCCAAAUGUGGGUGGAGUCGCGUGAACUGUGCAGAGUGACGACAUUUUCCACACUUUGCACGUUCUGAAUAUAUAAAUAUACAUGAAACUGACAUUUUUUUUUCUCUCUUUUGAUCGUGGAUGAAAUACUUUACUGGAAAGAUGCCAAGUUCAGACAGAACACUAAGCCUGGAUGUUUGGUUUUGUUUUAAGGGGGAUGUGAUGUGUUUAUUUUUUUUGUUUUUUCUGCUCUCGUACCCUCUCCUUUCCAUUUUUUGUUUUUUUUUUUAUUUGAGGGUGUGCACAUUUCCAUCUCCUCCAGGCGACGUUGCACAGCAGCUGAUCUGCUAAACCGAAGCACUGUGCAUGAUGCAGAUAUAUGCACUCAAGACACACACAAAAUAUAAAUAUAUAUAGAAGAAUAAUAAUAACAAUAAUGUGUCCGUGAUGUGUUUGAUAGACUGUUGUGUUCACAGCGUCUGAGUCCAACACUUUUUUUUUUAAGGGAUUGUUUCUGUUUUUUUUUUUUGCAGAAAUCUGCAAAACUCUGAUCUGAUUUCUCUCGUUUCGAUUCCUUUUUUCUUUUCUUUUUUUGCUGCUGAUACAACUUGAAAGAACGAUUGCUAUGCAAGGAGCAGUUUGAGUGUAGAUUGUAGCAGCUAGUCCAAAAACAAAUAAAUAAAAAAACACAAAAAAAAAAAUAAAAAAAACAGGAACACUUAAGUGCCAGAGAACUGUUUAAAAACAGACUUUUUUUUUUUUAUCAACCAUUAAGCUUCACUUUAAAACACUAACAUCAUAUUUUAAACGAUGCCAUGUCAGGAAAAGUGAACAAAAAAAAAAAGUUUUCUGCUCCGAUUGUUGAGUUAUCAGCGUUACAGCGCCUCCUGCUGGUCUUUGCCUUACACAGACCUGAUCUCAUCGGUACCAGUGCUUUUAUUUUAUUUUAUUUUUUUGUGUGUGUGUGUUGUCGUCUCACGUUUCACAGUGGGAGGGGUGGGGUGGGGGGAUCAAAGGACGACAAAGUUAAUAAUAAACUAGUCUAUUUGAAAAUGCAAUAAAUAUUGUACAUUUACGUUAAGGAAUACGGUAAUCAUAGCUAUUGAUCUAUUUUUUAUGUUGUAAAAAGCUUGUAAUAUAGGAAAGAGAGAUGAUUAAGAGUUAUAACGAUGUUCCAGUCAGUGGGGGGAGGAGGGGGAGGAAGUGGGGGGGGGCGUGGGUCUGGUCUGGUCGAGCAGACUCUCUGUAGCACUUCUCUGGAUGUUUGGCCACGAAUGGAUGCGUGUCAGGGUUUUUUUUUUUUUUUUUUUUUUUACCAACGAGCCAACGGUUUGACGAGUUGUUUGCGUGGAGGCGCCUGGUGAUUGGUGCACACAAAGGUUUGAAAUGAAUGAAUGAAUGAGCGGGUGAAUGAAUGAGACGUGGACCUACACACUCUUCCCUGUUCCCUUCACGUUUAUCUCCCGUACGCGCUCUCACCUUCUCCAGGAAACCCUGUGGUCAUUUCAUGUUAAUCAACCGUGUUUUUUAUCAUUUGAAAUAAUUUCAAAUAAAUAUAUUCCUGUUGGGGUAAAAGGGUA